AUGACCGGCACAAAGAAAGGUGCACGGCGCCGCAAACGAGCAGCCGCAGCUCGCUCAAGGCGCUCCAACACCCACACCCGGCGCGAGCAUUACGACGACGAUGACGACGACACCCUCUACAACGACACAACCACAACCGAGCAACACAGGCGAGGAAAUGCUUGGACGAAGGGAAUAGGGGUGGUUGGGGAGGAGGGCGCUGCGGGGCGACACGCAUUACGGUUGAACCCGGCACAGAAGGCCCGAGAAAUCACCGCGGCAUUACGGACGGGCGAUCUAACAACUCUCCGCCAACUAGCCCUUUCCCAAGGCGGAUUCUUGAACGACCAAUUACGGCGGAAGGCAUGGCCGGCGCUACUCACUGCCGUCGACGGGACGAAUAGCGACACACCAUCACGAUCCCCACCGCGCGACGCCCCCCAAGUCGCCCUAGACGUCAUCCGCUCCCUCACCCAUCUCAUCCCCCCUCACUUCUCAACCACCCACCAAAUCCAGAUGCGCGCGCACCUCUCCCAUACCAUCCUCUCCGUCCUUGCGCAGUACCCCUACCUGCACUAUUACCAAGGCUACCACGACGUUGCGUCCACGAUCCUGCUCACCCUCGGGCCAACACCCAAAACGAUCCGCUGCCUCGAAACAAUCUCACUCUUUCACUUGCGCGAUUUCAUGGCGCCCACAUUACAGCCCGCCCUGCAGCAUCUCUCCCUCCUCCUCCCGCUCCUGCACUCCUCACAUACCAUUGCACCGCGCCUCCUCAACUUCUUCCUCGCCUCCAACCUGCUCAUGCCGCUCUAUCUCGUCGCGGCAACCGUCAUCUCCCGCCGCGCGGACCUGUUUGCUCUUCCUGAUCCCGAUUACGCGAUCGUGCAUCAUUUCUUGUCUAGUUGCGCGCGCUUCAGCAACCUAGACCAUGUCGAAGAGCUGAUUCACGCGGCAGGAGAGAUGUGCGCGCGCUUCCCGCCCCCGACGCUGCAGGGGGAUGUCGCUGCGGUACGGUUACCCCCGACGUCGUGUGUGGAGCGCUGGGAUGUCGAUGUAGUUCCCUUUUGGGAGCCCACAACAACAACAACAAAACGCAAACCCCGCCACCUAACCCCCGGCGAAUGCAUGGCCCAGCUAACCGCCUAUACCACCGCUCACCAGCAUAAUCUUUCCACCCAAGCGAGCAGUAAACACACGUUGGGGAAGGUCUUGCGACAUGUGACACUUGAUGGCGCGCGGCAGAUGGCGAUUGUGGCGGCGAUGGCGGGCGCGACGGCUGUGUGCUGGUGGGUGGUAGAGAAUGGAGGGGUGGGUUAUGCCGUCGGGUGA